AUGCCUCAAGCUCUCACCAUUCGCAAGGUUGACGGUAAGCCCGGUGAGGUAUACUACCCGCUACAGCUCAAUGAUGUCCCUAAGCCAACUCCCGGCCCCGGAGAGGUGCUCGUGCGCAUCCACUCCGCUGCCCUAAACCACCGCGAUCACUGGAUCCGCAAGGCCCAGUACCCCGCCAUAUCCUUCACCGCCCCCAUGUUCGCCGACGGCUUCGGCACCGUCGUUGCCGUCGGCGACUCUUCCUCCCACCCGGAGCUCCUGAACAAGACCGUCAUCUUGUCCCCCAGCCACGGCUGGAUCUCCCAACCCGAGGGGCCCGAGGACCCCAGGAACUACGCGAUCCUGGGCUCUUGCAAGCUCAGCCCCGUCGGCAUGGCCCAGGACUACGUCCUCGUCACCAAGACCGGCAACGCCGAAAAAGGCCGAAAUAUCCUCAUCACCGGAAUCGGCGGCGGUGUCGCCUUGGCCGCCCUGCAGUUCGCCGUCGCCAAGGGCUGCAACGUCUACGUCACCUCGGGCAGCCCCGACAAGAUCGAGAGCGCCAAGAAGCUGGGCGCCGUGGCUGGCGUCUCGUACAAGGCUGAAAAGUGGGACAAGGACCUCGUCGCCCUCCUCCCCGCUGACCGGCCCUUCAUCGACGCCGUGGUGGACGGAGCCGGCGGCGACAUUAUCCGCCGCGCCGGUACCUUCCUUAAGCCCGGUGGCGUCAUUGCUCAGUACGGCAUGACGGUCUCUCCCAAGAUGGAGUGGUCCAUGGCGGCGGUCCUGAAGAACAUUGAGCUCAAGGGCAGCACCAUGGGCUCUCGGAAGGAGUUUCUCGAAAUGGUCCAGUUCGUGCGCGAGAGCGGCGUGAGGCCCGUGGUGAGCAAGGUGGCAAAGGGGCUGAACAACCUCGAGGGCGUCGAGGGCCUGUUUAAGGAUAUGGCCGAGGGCAAGCAGUUUGGGAAGUUGGUGCUAGAAAUAUCUCCAGUUGGUGAGUCGUCCAAGUUGUAA